AUGCCCAGACCUAUUCUUUCAGUCAACGCAGGCUCAUCCUCGGUGAAAAUCACUUUCUAUACCUUCGAGAACCCACCAACUACCAUUGCAGAUGCGGAGAUCUCUGGAUUAACCGCGGCACCACCAAUACUCAAGUAUCGACAGGGCCAUAUAAACCACGAGGAAGAAGUCAAAGAGAAACUGCGCUCACCCCAAGAUGCAUUCAAAUACCUCCUGAAGCGUUGUUUCGACGAUCCAGAGCUCUCUGAAGUCACCAGCGCCGAAGAUCUAGCCUACAUUUGCCACCGAAUAGUUCAUGGAGGCGAUUAUCGUGAAGCUGUCGAGAUCAAUGACGAUACGUACCACCAAUUAAAAUCAUUCGAAGAUCUUGCGCCGCUGCAUAAUUUAUCAUCAUUAGAAAUAGUCCGCCACUGCAAGACUGAGCUCCCCAAAGUCAAGAGCAUUACGUUUUUCGACUCCGCCUUCCACCACACAAUCCCGGAACCCGUGUGCACAUAUGCGAUCAAUCAGGAAGUCGCCAAGGCUAAUGGUUUGCGUAAAUAUGGAUUCCAUGGAAUCAGUUACUCAUUUAUUAUGCGAUCUGUGGCGCAAUUUCUAAACAACCCGAUCGAAAAGACGAACCUCAUUGUGAUGCAUUUGGGGAGUGGAGCUUCUAUCUGUGCCAUCCGAAACGGACAAUCUAUUGAUACCUCAAUGGGACUCACGCCUUUGAUGGGAUUGCCCGGGGCUACUCGCAGUGGAGAUAUCGAUCCUUCAUUGGUUUUCCACUACACAAAUGAAGCAGGAAAACUGAGCCCAGCCAGCACAAAAGAUAUGCACAUUAGCAUGGCCGAAAACAUUCUCAACAAACAAUCAGGGUGGAAAGCGCUCACAGGAACGACCAACUUCGCCGAGAUCGCAGUUGCCAAUCCACCCACCAAGGCGCAUAAACUUGCAUUUGAUAUAUUUGUGGACCGCAUCGUUGGUUACAUAGGUAAUUACUAUGUCAAGCUAAAUGGUCAGAUAGAUGGUGUGGUAUUUUCCGGUGGCGUUGGCGAGAAGAGCGCUUUGUUGCGGAAGACGCUUAUCAAUAAGUGCCAGUGUCUGGGCCUAGCUCUCGAUGAUACAGCUAACGACAAAGGACCUGGAGGGGAAACGGUCGCAGAUAUUUCCCUAGGCUCUAGUAAGGGGCCCAGGGUUUUGGUUUGUCAAACCAACGAGCAGGUAUGUUGCCUAAGAUCUUUAGAAACUGUCACCUUGACUAUGGCCUUGGCUGUUCAUGAGGCCGUAGGUUAUGGUCAUGGUCAUGGAUUGCUAUUUUCGAAGACAUCAAUUAUUGACAUGGGACGGAUUUUUAGUACGAAAUGGCUUAUCAUUGCGCUUCUUUGCGGCUCUGAAACCUGA